UGCAUUCUCGCUGCUUACUCGUUUCCGGAAGCACAGGAUGAUCGGAGUGGCUAGUCAGCUCGCGGGCAUACGCGGUAAUGCUUCCGUGCUCAGCACCAGCUCCAUCGGAUGGUCGUAUCCACCCAUCCCGGCGGAAUGGGCUGGACUGCUUAUGGCACUGACAAAGCUGGUCAUGCAGGUGGUGAAGGUGAGAACGAAGGUCUCUUCGACGGUACGACCGUUCAAGCACGCCUUGUAGACCCUCUGUGCUACUCCACACUCUGGAAUACUAUGCCGUAUAGUACAAUCGCGAACUCAUGCUUCCUCAAUCACCCGGUCGUUCUCUGUCAGAAGUUAAAUAUGAUACUGCUUGGCGUGGUGCAGUACUUGUAUGUCAUUCUAGGUACCUAUGAUACAGCGUUUCUCGUCGUACGUAGUAUUGUAGGUACAGCAGUUAUGAGGUAUCUGUCAAUGUAUAUCGUCUGUAGUUAUUAGUGUCAGGGGACGAUGUCGCUCGGGAACAUGCAAGCAGUGGUGCUGUCAAGAGUACGAUGAGAGCGAUAGUGUACUACUACCUCGCUGCGUACAUUCUGUGAGUCGGAGGGCCAAGUAAGAGGCCUCUGCGCCAC